AUGGAUAUGCAUCCAGGGAGCAAUAAGAUCAAAGGACGACAGGAUGGAAGUUCAAUUUCUGGAGAUGAAGCUUUAGACAAUAAUUUUGUAGGAGUGUCUCUGAGGAUUGAAAUUGGGCCACGUGAUGUUUCAAGUGGGAGUGUGGUCAUAUCUAGAAGAGAUAUUCCUGCGAAGCAAGGGAAAGUUUUUGGAAUAUCUAUGGAACCUUCAAUAUUAGAAGCUUAUGUCAAAGACAGGUUGGACGAGAUCCAAUCAUCUCUUCUUCAGAGGGCAAUAUCUUUCUGGGACAGUAACAUAGUGGAUGUGAGCUCUUGUGAUGAACUCAAGGAAGCGAUAUCUUUCGGCAAAUGGGCGAGGGGACCUUGGUCUGCUAGUGAUGCAGACGAGGUAAGAGUUAAAGAAGAAACGGGGGUGACGAUUCGAUGUUUCCCCUUUGAGCAGUUUCGGGUCACCAAAACAUGCUUGAUGACAGGCAACCCAGCAGAGGAAGUUGCCAUUUUUGGUAAAGUUGAUCUUUGAGCUCAUAGACCUAUCUAGUUUUGCAGUUAUAUCUUGAAUUUUGUCCAGGUUUUUAUGCCCUCUUCUUCACCUAUUAGCGAUAUUUAUGUAUAAAGGCGACAUCGAUUGAUUGCAUUCUGUAACCCAUGAUCUUCCUUUGUAUAAUGGAGGUUCUUCAUGAAA